AUGACUUCAUUUCAUAUAUUCCAACAUAUAUUUAAUUCAUCUUUUGAAUUCUAUGGCCUUUCCGAAUGGUUAUUAGAAAUAAUGCCUGAUAAUGUUAAUCUUACUCGUACAAAUAUAAAACAAUCAAAUAAUGGUUGGAUAUUUCGACGACAUAAUGCACAUUCAAAAUUCAUAUGUAUGUCAUGUACUGAAUCAACAUCUCAAUUAUUUAGACAAAAGAAAAAAAUCAAUAGUUGGUCAUCAGCAUUCACUACAAUACUUUUUCGUGCACGAUUAGAUAAAUCUCUCAAUGGUCAAAAUAUUGGUCGAAUACAAAUGAAAAUAUUUGAACAAGGUUGUCAAACAUGUAAUAUGUUUAGUACUGGUUUUCUUGAUGAAAAAGAAAUUAAAAAGACAUUUUAUCGUCUAUAUCUAUGGAUAUUAAAAGUAUUUUAUAAUGUUAAAUUAAUUGAUGAUGAAUUCGAAGAAAUUUGUAAUCAACCACAACGUUUAAAUCGAGGACAAAUAAUAUCACAUGAUUCAAGUCGAUGUGAUGGAUGCAAAGUUGGAUGGUGUCAAUAUUUAUAUAAAACUAAAAAUAUAAAUAAACUUAAAAAACAUGUAAUUAUUCAGAAUGAUGUGAAUUAUACUGAUACUAAUGAUUGUGAAUUAAUGUCCUGGAAGGGUGGUGAAAGUUAUGAAAAAUGUUUGAUAUGCAAUAUAACAAAACGAAUGACAGUAUGGAAUGAAACUCUUGCAAAUGAAAAUUGCUUACCAAUUUCAAAUCUUCAUUGUAUACAAAUAUAUUUUAAUACUACUAAGUCAUAUAAAAAUUUUGUUUCGCAAUACAUUCGGAUCAUAAAUGGUCUAUUCGAUAAAGAAAAUUUAACAGAUCGAUUAACACAAAAUAUGCUUUUUAUUCAUAUUCAAUAUGGUGGAAUUAAGGAAUUUAGUUUUAGUACAGUUCAAGUAGUUCAUGAUGUAAUAAAUCGUAGUUACUCUCGUUUACAAUUUGCUUUACUAAAUCGCAAAGAUAAUGUUUCACUCGAAAUAAAUCCUGAUAUACAAAAUAUGACAUUAUUAUCUUUACAAAUAAAUAUCUUUUGUGUUUCUAAAGGAUUAUAUCAAUAUAACUAUGUAUUUGAUCAACACGGUCGAGAACCAUUACGAGAAUCACUCAAAUGUGAAAUUCCAGUAACUUUCUCUCCUAUUAUUCCUACCACAGCUCUAACAACAAAUGUUAUUACAGAAACAACUACUAAAGUAUCAAUAACUACUCUUGUGUAUAAAACUUCUACAAAGAAAUCUGAAGAAAAUAUUAUACUUAUUGUUAGUUUAGUUAGUGGUGGAAGUUUAUUACCAUGUUUAUUACUUACUUUUUGUAUAUAUAUGUUAUGUAAAAGAAGUAAUCAACAAAUUGAUAUAGAUCGCAAACGAAGAGGAAGUAUAUUAUCUAAUGAAAAUAUUUCAAUAUCAAGUGAUAGUAGUAGUAUAUUUUAG